UCGCAACUGGGUGUAAAGGUCGUUGUUAUACUUAAAGAUUCACAUUUGUCAAUCGAAGGUGCUCAUUCUGAGCCUGAUGUUUGUCAGAGUCACGAUAUCUCUUAUAUUCAAUUAAGAUAUGCCCGCCACUGGUUUUUGUAAUCUUUCCAGAGAUCCUCCUGAUAUUGAGAAUCUUCUGUCACUGAAUCCAAAAGUGUACACGAAAGCGAGUGUCGUACCCAGUGCUCAAACUAAAGAAAACAAAAAACACUGGAAAAGGAAUUCCGAUAAGAAGUGUGGAACAUGCAGGCCAUUGAAGAGUGAUUUUGAUGACAUAAAACAUACUACAUUGAGUGAACGAGCAGCUUUAAGAGAAGCAGCUAGGUAUCUUUCUUGUCAAUAAUAAUAAUAUAUNCCUUGUCAAAAAGGUUGCCCAACUCAAAUUGACAUCAAAGCAUUUAUCACUUGCAUAGCUUCCAAGAAUUAUUAUGGUGCAGCUAAACUUAUUCUUUCUGAUAAUCCCGUUGGGUUGUCAUGUGGAAUGGUGUGCCCAACAAGUGAUCUUUGUGUCGGAGGAUGCAAUUUAUAUGCCUCAGAAGAAGGACCCAUUAACAUCGGUGGACUCCAACAAUUUGCUGUUGAAACAUUUAUGGAAAUGAAGAUACCACAGAUAAAAGAUCCAAAUCUGUUUCCAGAUCAGAAAGUUCCAGGUAGUUACAGGUCUAAAAUAGCAAUCAUUGGUUGCGGACCAUCAGGAAUAAGUUGUGCUACAUUUUUAGGUCGUUUAGGUUAUACAGAUAUAACAGUAUUUGAAAAGGAAGAUUAUAUUGGAGGAUUAAGCUCCUCUGAAAUACCACAGUAUAGAUUACCACAACAUGUUGUAAAGUUUGAAGUUGAGAUGAUGAAAGAUUUAGGAGUAAAUAUACAAUGCAAUAAAGCGUUUGGAAAAGAUCUUACAUUGAAAUCGUUGCAAGAAGAAAAGUAUAAAGCAAUAUUUAUUGGAAUUGGUUUACCAGAACCCAAAAUAAUUCCGAUUUUCGAAAAUCUAAAACCUGAAAACGGAUUUUACACAUCAAAGAACUUUCUUCCCGCCGUAGCAAAAGCAAGCAAACCAGGUAUGUGUGCAUGUAAACAGCAACUACCCCAGAUCUAUGGCAAUGUCAUUGUUUUAGGAGCAGGUGACACUGCUUUUGAUUGUGCAACAUCAGCUAUUAGAUGUGGUGCUAGAAAAGUUUUUGUUGUGUUUAGAAGAGGUUGUACAAACAUAAGAGCAGUGCCAGAAGAAGUAGAACUAGCAAGGGAGGAGAAAUGUGAAUUCAUUCCAUUUUUAUCUCCCAGAAAAGUAAAUGUUGAAAACGGGAGAAUAAUUUCCAUGGAGUUCAUCCGAACCGAAGAGGAUGAGAAUGGGAAAUGGAUUUCUGACGAGGAUCAAAAAGUUAUUCUCAAAGCUAACUUUGUCAUUUCCGCUUUUGGUUCCUCUCUCACUGACGAAAAAGUAAAAAACGCUUUAUCACCUCUGAAGUUAACAACUGGGGGAGUUCCAGAAGUUAAUUUUCAAACGAUGCAAACUUCAGAUCCAGGAAUAUUUUGCGGUGGAGAUUUGGCUGGAAUAUCGGAAACAACUGUCGAAGCAACUAAUGAUGGGAAAACCGCUGCUUGGUAUAUGCACACUUAUUUGCAGGCAUUAAAUGAUGUUCAGAUCUAUGGAAAACCAUCGUUGCCACCUUUUAUGACCCCAAUCGAUUUAGUGGAUUUAAGUGUGGAACUGCGUGGUUUGAAGUUUAAAAAUCCAUUUGGUCUUGCAAGUGCCCCUCCCACAACCAGCAGUCCCAUGAUUAGACGAGCUUUUGAAUCAGGAUGGGCUUUUGCCCUAACGAAGACUUUCUCUUUGGAAAAAGACAUUGUAACGAAUGUAUCACCUCGUAUUGUGCGUGGUACCACUUCUGGACACAUUUAUGGCCCUGGACAAGGUUCAUUUUUAAACAUAGAGCUUAUCAGCGAGAAGACUACAAGCUACUGGUUACAAAGCAUCGUUGAAUUAAAGAAGGAUUUUCCAGACCACAUUCUGAUAGCAAGUAUAAUGUGCUCAUAUGAUGAAAAUGAUUGGAUUAGUUUGGCCAAGCUAGCAGAGAAUUCGGGUGCUGAUGCUUUAGAAUUGAACCUAUCUUGUCCUCAUGGAAUGGGUGAACGAGGUAUGGGAUUAGCGUGUGGUCAGGAUCCAGAACUGGUGGAGAAUAUUUGUAAAUGGGUCAGAAAAACUGUCAAUAUACCUUUCUUUGCUAAAAUGACCCCAAACAUAACUAAUAUAGUAGAGAUAGCAAAAGCUGCAUACAGAGGAAAAGCAGAUGGCGUAACAGUGACAAAUACUGUUUCUGGUAUUAUGGAUUUAAAAAGUGAUGGUACACCAUGGCCAGGAAUCGGCAAAGAACAACGCACAACCUACGGUGGAGUUUCUGGCAAUGCCAUUCGACCCAUAGCACUGAGAGCCGUAACAGCAAUUGCAAGAGCAAUUCCAGGGUAUCCCAUAUUGGCUACGGGUGGUAUCGAUUCAGCGGAUGCGGGAUUGCAAUUUCUUCAUGCUGGAGCGACUUUACUGCAGGUCUGUAGUGCUGUACAGAACCAAGAUUUCACAGUGAUUGACGAUUAUGUGUCCGGCUUAAAAUCACUUUUAUACAUGCAAAGUCAACCUCACUUAAAUGAUUGGAUUGGACAGUCACCUCCAACACCAAAACAUCAGAAGGGAAAACCCGUCAUCGAUAUUGACAGUAUUGUCCAUAAGAAAUUACCAAACUUCGGACUUUUCUUAACCCAAAAACAAGCAAUAAUAGCAGAAUUAAAAGCCCACCAAGAUUUAUUGGAAGAUAAGAUGCAUGAUGUUGGAGAACACAGCAAAGAAAAACCACAAUCAGUACCAAAAAUAAAGGAUGUGAUUGGAAAAUCCCUGGAUAAAAUUGGAACAUUCUCCAAUUUAGACAUUUCUCAACAAGUAGUUGCUUUGAUUGAUGAAGAUAUGUGCAUAAAUUGUGGUAAGUGUUACAUGGCAUGCAAUGAUUCUGGAUAUCAGGCAAUUACAUUUGAUCCUAUCACUCAUCUUCCAAAAGUUACUGAUAACUGCACGGGUUGUACCUUAUGUCUAUCAGUGUGCCCAAUUAUUGAUUGCAUCAGAAUGGUUGCUCGCCAAACUACUUACGAACCAAAGAGAGGUAUACCUAUUAACAUCUCUGUUGAAAGAACAUCAAGAACCGAACCUCUUCCCGCUCAAUGAUAUAGUAAUUUUAUUUAUAGCAAAUUUUUCAAAUGCUUUCUUGAGACUUUUCUUGUAUUUACGCAUUUUGUAAACUAAGAAAUGUAAUUAUAGUUUCAUGCCUUUGAUUAAUGUAGCUUAUUGUUUUCCAAGCAAGUAUCUGGCUACUUAUUGUUUUAAACGGCCACAGAAAUUGUAUUGUCUAUUUUUUAUAACUAAAACUGGUGCUUGCAUUGUUUGCAAAAAGAAA